AUGAAUUUUACGAAGAUAGGAAGUUUUUCGGGAAUAUCACUAUUUGCAUACCUGUGGAUCCUGGUAGCAGGAGGCCAACAAAAGAGUCCUGCCUGGAGUGGCUACUACAUGGACAAUGGCACCCACUAUCUGCUGUACGAGGGACCAAGAAUUAAGAAGCAAAGUUUUUUAAAUAUAUCUAGUAACCCAGCGAUUAAUGCCUUAGAAGCACAGGAUUAUCUGCCUACUCGGAUUGUGAAUGGCAAGAAAAUCAAGUGCACCAGAGCACCCUACCAGUGUGCUCUUCUCUACGACGGUGAAUUAAUUUGUGGGUGUGUCAUAAUUGCCCGGCGGUGGAUUAUCACUGCCCAGCACUGCAAAAUUGGAAAACCCGGCCGCUAUACAGUGCGAGCUGGUUCCACACAGCAGAAGAGAGGUGGUCAACUGCGUCGUGUCCAGAAGACCGUGUGCCAUAGGGGCUACAGUGAAUACACGAUGAAGAACGACCUGUGCCUGAUGAAGCUGAAGUCGCCUCUGAAACUUGGCCGGUGUGUCCGCAGGGCGAGACUUCCCUCCAGGAAAAUGAAGCGCUUUCCCAAGUGUUAUUUAGCCAGCGGAUGGGGUCUGACCUCGGCCAACGCCCAGCAUACCCAGCGAUAUCUGCGAGGAGUUGUGGUCUGCAAAGUGAAGCGACGCAAGUGCAGGAAGGCUUAUCGGAAAGCCGGGAUCAAGAUCUACAAGCAAAUGAUCUGCGCCAAGCGAAAGAACCGCGACACUUGCUCGGGAGAUUCUGGAGGACCGCUAGUCAACAAUGGAGUACUAUAUGGUAUAACGUCAUUUGGCGUCGGUUGCGCUAGUGAAAAUUAUCCAGGUGUUUAUGUGAAUGUGUUUCAAUACCUACUCUGGAUAAAGAAAGCUUUACUAAAUUAUUAA